CGCUGCACACCAUUGACCGAUCGAUAACAAAUUUAUGAAAUUUAGAUCAGCAAUAUAAUGUGUUAAUAUUCGAAUUUCAGUGAUAGUACUAUACUAUUGUCAAGGUGUAAUAUCUAAAGAGUCACUGCAUGUUCUAUUCGUAAUCAUGGCAUUAAAAGGGAUAAAAGUUAUUGAAGUGAUCGGCUUAGCACCAGGACCCUUUUGUGGUACCAUUUUAGCUGAUUUUGGCGCAAAUGUAAUAGUAGUUCAAAAGAUGGAUCCAUCACCUUUUGAUGUUAUGUCACACGGUAAAAGAACGAUAUCAGUUAAUUUAAAAACUAAGGAAGGCGUUAAAUUAGUGAAGAAACUAUGUGACACAUCCGAUGUUUUCUUGGAUACUUUUCGUCCUGGAGUAAUGGAAAAAUUAGGUUUAGGGCCGGAAGAGCUACUAAAAAGCAAUUCCGCAUUGAUUUAUGCACGUUUGACUGGGUAUGGGCAGAAUGGUGCAUAUAAAUUCAAAGCUGGUCAUGACAUAAAUUACACUGCCAUAUCUGGAGUCCUUUCUCUUCUCCGUAAGCCGAAAGAACCACCAAAACCACCACUUAAUUUACUAGCCGACUUUGCGGGAGGAGGAUUGAUGUGUGCAUUCGGAAUAGUACUUGCAUUGUUUGAAAGAAUGAAAUCAGGAAAAGGUCAAAUAAUAGAUGCAAGUAUGACUGAAGGAGCUGCUUAUGUCGCAACCUGGUUAUUUAAAUCAAGGAAUUUGCCCAUUUGGUCUGCUGAACCUGGAGCAAAUGUCUUGGAUGGUGGGUUUCCUUUCUACAGUACAUAUGAAACUAAAGAUGGAAAAUUUAUGGCUGUAGGGGCAUUAGAACCUCAAUUUUAUUCGAAUUUUCUCAAAGGUCUUCAACUUUCAGAAGAUGAGUAUGGUCAAGGUGAAAAUUUUGAUCGAAAUAAAAACAAAUUCAAAGAGGUCUUUCUGACCAAAACUCAAGAUGAAUGGUGUCAGAUAUUUGAUAACUUGGAUGCUUGCGUCACAUCCGUUGUUGACAUGGACACUGUAGAUAAAAACGAGUGUAACUCUACGCGAAAAUCGUUUUAUAAAAAUGAUGAGAACUUAAUUGUGCCAGAACCUGCACCUAAAUUAUUACGGACUCCUGGAAAAUCUUCAGGACAUAACCCAUUACCUCAACCAGGAGAACAUACUGUAGAGAUAUUGAAGGAAUUGGGAUUUAAUACCAAAAAUAUAAAUGAACUUAUUAAAAAUGGAAUUGUUUACGUAUGCCCGAAAUCCAAUUUAUGAAAAUUUAAAUCAUGUGUUAUCUUCAUCUAUUGUUAUCAGGGGUGCUAAAGUACAUAAGUCAUUAUCAGGGGCGUAAAGGAUAUAUUGUAAAUUAAAUUGCAUGAAACUUGAGAAAUUUUUAAUCAAGUUUGAUAAAGUCAG